AUGCUUCUCUCAGGCCCUCCUUUGCGGCUGUGGCUCCUGCAGCUUUUGGCCCUGCUGCCCACAGGCCUUCGGAGCUGCCUACAGUGUGACCAAAAGUUCCAGGAGAACGUGGCUAAGCUCAGGACUGGGCUGGUUGAACGUCAGAUCCACGACACUCGCCUCAAGGCCCGGGCUGAGGCACUGCUGAAGGGUCUCGAGGGGGAUUUUUUCUCACAUUACGCUACCAGCCAGUUUGCUGGCUUUGCAGUUAAGAGUACAGUUGAUGCCCUGGUCCAAGAAGUAAGAUCCAAAACAGAAAGCCUGGCUCAAAGCUCUCUUAAAGAUCAGGCUCUGCUAGAUGAAUUGGUCGAAUUCCGAAAGAAAGCAACCAUGAAGCUCAAGGUGGCAUUAAAAGAACAUCAGAAGAAUGCUUGCGACAGGGAAAACUGUGGCUGGCUCCGAUACAGCGUUUUGGAUUGCGUAGGGUGUAAAGAUAUCAACGCCGUUUGCUACACGAAACGUCAGUGCUUUGUUGAUUCCCAGGACCGCCUGUCUCUUCGCUACGGACCAGUCCUGUGGGAUCCCAACAUUGCCCGAAACGGAGUCGCUAUCGUCCUGUGCAUGGGCGGAGUGCUAUUCGUGGUGAUCAUAGGAGUGAUUAUAAAGUACUGGAGAAACCAGCUGUAUCUGUAUGUUUAG